AUGGAAACCAUCGACGCCCGCAAUACCUACCCUACCACCCAACCCCUGUCUACGCCGGCCAGCCGGCUCCAUCGCCAAAACACCCCUUGUCCCUGGAUCUUCGUCGCAGCCUGGGCAAGCCGCAAGGUCGAAAGCUCGCAAUGGGUGGGGACCUCGGACUUGGGUUCCACAGGAGAGGGUACGAAUAGGCACCCAACAAAACGUGUAUUUUCUCUACGGAGUAUCUGUAAUUGCUGUACAGCUCCAACAGGGCUGCAUUUCCCAUCGCUUGAUGCUAUUGCAGGGACGCGCCAUUAA